CCAACGUGGGUCCGCGGCGAGCGGCGCUCGGGCCGGGCGGCAGCGGCUCCGACCCCGCGGGAGCGCACCGGGACCGGCCGGAGCCCGCCGAGCCCGAACCGAGCGGCGCGGAGCAGGAGGAGCAGGAGGCGCUUCCCGCGGCGGGGACGCGGACUCGACCCGCCCGGCAGUGCCCGGUGGAUGCCGGUGCCGUAGCGCCCCGCGGGGCCGGCGGCCGAGGCGAUGCUGCGGGCGGCGGAGCGGCGCUGAGCGGCCGCGGCGUGAGCGCUCCUGCCGCCUCCUCCCGGCGCGGACGUUCCCCGGUGCCGGAUACAAAAUGGCGCUGCCGUCACGGGCGGCGGCGGCGCUGCUGCUGCUGGGGCUGCUGGGCUCGGGCGCCGCCGGCUGCCCCGCGGGCUGUGCCUGCGGCGGGGACGCGCUGAGCUGCGGCGGGCUGGCACUGCCCGCCCUGCCCCGGGACCUGCCCCGCUGGCCGCGCCACCUAAACCUGAGCUACAACAAGUUGGCAGAGAUUGAUCCUUCUGCCUUUGCAGAGAUGUCGAACCUGCAGGAAGUGCGACUGGACAACAAUGAGCUGACUGCCAUUCCUUCCCUGGGAUCCGCCGCUUCCAGCGUCCGCUCCCUCCACCUGCAUCACAACAGGAUCCGCAGCAUUGAAGGCAGUCAGCUGCAGCCCUACGUUACCCUGGAAACGUUGGACCUGAGCUUCAAUGACAUCACGGAAAUCCGAAACGGCUGCUUUCCACAGGGACUUCACAUAAAGGAGCUCUACCUGGGGAGCAACAGAAUCAGCACCCUGGAGCCUGGUGCUUUUGAUAGCCUGUCACGGUCCCUGCUAACACUUCGUCUGAGUAAAAACAGGAUCACUCAGCUUCCUGUCAAGGCUUUCAGGCUGCCCAGGCUAAUGCAACUGGAGCUGAACCGAAAUCGCAUCCGCCUGAUUGAAGGCCUGACGUUCCAGGGACUGGACAGCUUGGAAGUCCUGAAACUCCAGCGCAACAACAUCAGCAAACUGACUGAUGGGGCCUUCUGGGGUCUAGCCAAAAUGCAAGUUCUCCACCUGGAAUAUAACAGCCUGACAGAAGUGAACAGUGGCUCUCUCUAUGGCCUUUCUUCUCUGCACCAGCUUCACCUCAGCAAUAACUCCAUAUCCCGCAUCAACCCCGAUGGCUGGAGCUUCUGCCAGAAGCUGCAUGAGCUGAUUCUCUCCUACAACAACCUGACAAGGCUGGACGAGGGAAGCCUGGCAGACCUUGGGGGACUGCACGUGCUACGGCUGAGCCACAACUCCAUCAAUCAUAUUGCAGAAGGUGCUUUCAGGGGACUCAAAAACCUACGUGUCCUGGAACUGGACCACAAUGACAUCUCAGGCACAAUAGAAGAUACCAAUGGAGCCUUUACAGGCCUGGAAAACCUGAGCAAGCUAACUCUGUUUGGAAACAAGAUCAAGUCAGUGGCCAAGAAAGCGUUCUCAGGGUUGGAGGCUCUGGAGCACCUGAACCUCGGGGACAACGCCAUCCGCUCCAUCCAAGCCGAUGCCUUUGCCAGGAUGAAGAGCCUGCGGCAGCUCCACAUUAACAGUGACAGCUUCCUCUGCGACUGCCAGCUGAAGUGGCUGCCCCAGUGGUUGGUGGAGAAGGAGCUGCAGUCCUUUGUGGUGGCCACCUGUGCCCAUCCUGAGUCACUGAAAAGCAAGAGCAUUUUUGCCAUCCAGCCAGAGAGUUUUGUGUGUGACGAUUUCCCCAAGCCACAGAUCAUCAUCCAGCCCGAGACGACGGUGGCUGUCCUGGGCAAGGACAUCCGCUUCACCUGCCUGGCCGCCAGCAGCAGCAGCUCCCCCAUGAUGUUUGCCUGGAAGAAGGACAACGAGAUGCUGCACAACGCCGAGAUUGAGAACUUUGCCCACGUGCGGGCCAAGGACGGGGAGGUGAUGGAGUGCACCACCAUCCUGCACCUGCGGCACGUCACCUUCGCGCACGAGGGCCGCUACCAGUGCGUCAUCACCAACCACUUCGGCUCCACCUACUCCAACAAGGCACGGCUCACCGUUAAUGUGCUGCCAUCCUUUAUCAAAACCCCCCACGACAUCACGAGCCGGACGGGGACGACGGCGCGCUUGGAGUGCGCGGCCGAGGGCCACCCCACGCCCCAGAUCGCGUGGCAGAAGGACGGCGGCACCGACUUCCCCGCGGCCCGCGAGCGCCGCAUGCACGUCAUGCCCGACGACGACGUCUUCUUCAUCACCGACGUGAAGAUCGAGGACAUGGGCGUCUACAGCUGCACAGCCCAGAACUCUGCAGGCUCCGUGCUCGCCAAUGCCACCCUCACCGUGCUGGAGACUCCAUCUUUGGUCCAUCCACUAGAAGAUCACGUGGUGUCCGUGGGUGAGACCGUGGCUCUCCAGUGCAAAGCCACGGGGAGCCCCCCGCCCCGCAUCACCUGGCUGAAAGGUGACCAGCCCCUGGUGGUGACAGAAAGGCACCACUUCACCUCAGGCAACCAGCUGCUGAUCGUCAGGAACGUGGUCCUGGAGGACGCGGGGAAGUACACGUGUGAGAUGUCCAACACGCUGGGCACGGAGCGCGCGCACAGCCACGUCAGCAUCCUGCAGUCGCUGGGCUGCCGCAAGGACCGCACCACCGUGGGCAUCAUCACCAUCGCCGUGGUCUGCAGCAUCGUGCUCACCUCCCUGGUCUGGGUCUGCAUCAUCUACCAGACCAGGAAGAAGAGUGAGGAGUACAGCGUCACCAACACAGAUGAGACUAUUGUGCCUCCUGAUGUGCCAAGCUACUUGUCCUCCCAAGGGACUCUCUCGGAGCGCCAGGAAGUGGCCAUUGGAGUGGACACCCAGCAGCCCAAUGGGCACAUUGACAGCAACGGGAUGUGUCAGGCUGAUGCUGGAAGGUGUCCAGAUGUUGAAGCUCCUGCUGUAGGUUGUAGACAGCCUAAGCUGUGUAUCAGCUAUAAUAAAGACACUUGGAAAACUGAGGACAUGGCCAAUGGAAUGCUUGUUCCAGAUAAGACAGGCUUUGGGCUGCCCGUGGUGUGCACGGAGUGCAGCAGCAGCACAGACAGCAUGAACGUCCACAUCUACCCCAGGGACUCCGAGUGCUACUCCGAGAGCCUAAAGACUGUGGAAAACACCCACCCCAGUGCACUGAGCAGCAAGGAGCGCCAUAGGAAGAGGGGUGCAGGCACCAGCCUUCUUCAUGCUCAGCCCUGCAACGGGAUUGCCAGUGGCAAGAGGGUGGAAACAGACGGGACCCUGUACCCCAGUAACCACGACAGGAUAAGGCUGGAGGGCACGGCCGGCGCGCUGCUCGCAGACACGCACGGCUCUUCACAAGCAGCAGCAAAGCCUUCAAAGCUUAACAACCUUAAUUUGGUGAGAGCUUCACCUGCAGGAGGGUCAUUAAAGCAACUGAACGUGCUUCCCGAAAUAACCCCAGCACUACUGGAUCUGCAGAGGGAAGCAGAGGUGGAGCAGGCUCUCCUGCCCAACAGCACCACAGCCCAACGCCACGACUCCACUCACGAGCCCAAGCUACCCAACAGAUCUCUGGACUGAGAGCACAGACUGACUGCCACGUGCAAAUUAACAAACACACUAUUACUUUUUUUAAUUUUUUUUUUUUUUUUUUUGCACAGAGUAUAUAGGCUACUUACUUCUACCUCGAAUUUUGAACUGAUGGCCUGGCAAAGGCAACCAACUGAGGUAUGAGAAACAAGCUUGUAUGGGGCACAAACUCCUGUUCGAGCGUCAUCUGAUUGUACAUAGUUUAAAACUUCCCUGAGAAGUAUGAAGUGUUCAAAAGUCAACUUGCAUAUGAAGCACAUAAAUGCAAGGGAUUAUUGUGUAAAGAGAAAAGUAUUUGAUACAAUUGUACAUAAGAGUUUUCAUAUAUAAAUAUAUAUAUAAAAAAUAUAUAUAUAUCUUUUACAGAGGCUAUUUUAAUCUUUAGUGCAUGGAAAACUGAGUGAAAUUUUACAGUUUUGGCAAUAUUGUUUUCAGUAUCAGGUUGCUGUUAAACUUUGUGAGAAAAAUAAUUCUGGUGCCUUAAAUGCAUAAACAGAAAUUUUAAAAGCCAGACUGUUCCAAAGGGAUUGUCCUAUUUUCAGUGGAAGUUCCUUUACACCAUGUACACCAGGGCUGGGGCAAUCCCAGGUACUGGCUGGCUGGAGAAGUGACCAGGAGCAGCCUCAUCUGUGGAGAGGGACUUGGGGCUGUUGGUGGAUCAGAGGCUGGACAUGCCCUGGCCAUGUGUGCUCACAGCCCAGAAAUCCAACCAUGUCCUGGCCUGCAUCCAGAGCAUUGUGGGCAGCAGAUUCUCCUCCUGUGCUCCACUCAGGUGAGACCCCACCCAGGCGUCUGCACACAGUUCUGGUGCCCUCAGUAUAAGGAGGACUGUAGGGACGAGACAAAGAGUAAUGAGUUCAAACUGAAAAAGUGGAAAUUUAGGUUAGAUACAGAAGAAACUGAAAUUCUUCCCUGUGAGGGUGGUGAGACACUGGUACAGGUUGCCAAAGAAACUGCAGAUGUCCCAUCCCUGUUGGUGUUCAGGCUGGAUGGACCUCUGAGCAACCUGGACCACUGAAAGGUUUCCCUGCCCAUGGUAGGGGGUUGGAACAUCACCUUUAAGGUCAGGGCAGGAUGGACAGAUGGGCUGAGUCCAACCACUUGAAGUUUAACAAGUCCAAGUGCCGGGUCCUGCACUUUGGCCACAGCAACCCCAGCAGCGCUACAGGCUGGGGACAGUGGCUGGGGACAGUGGCCAGAGAGAAAGGGCCCUGGGGGUACUGGUGACAGCAGCUGGACAUGAGCCAGCAGUGUGCCCAGGUGGCCAAGAAGGCCAAUGGCCCCUGGCCUGGAUCAGGAAUGGUGUGGCCAGCAGGAGCAGGGAGGUCAUUCCUCCCCUGCACUCGGCACUGCUGAGGCCACACCUCGAGUGCUGUGUCCAGUUCUGGGCCCUCAGUUUGGGAAGGACCUUGAGACGCUUGAGUGCAACCAGAGGAGGCAACGAGGCUGGUGAGGGGCUGGGAACACAAACCCUGUGAGGAACGGCUGAGGGAGCUGGGGUUGUUUAGCCUGGAGAAAAGGAGACUCAGAGGAGACCUCAUCACUCUACAACCUCCUGAAAGGUGUUUGUGGUCAGAUGGGGGUCAGGCUCUUCUCCCAGCAACCAGUGACAGGACAAGAGGACACAGCCUUAAGCCAGGGGAAAUUUAGCCUGGACAUUAUGAAAAAAUUCUUCACAAAAAAUGACUGGGCAUUGGAAUGGGCUGCCUGGGGAGGUGGUGGAGUCACUGUCCCUGGAGCUGUUUAAAAAAAGACUGGAUCUGGCACUUAGCCAUGGUUUAGAUGAUACAGUGGUGUUAGGUCAUAGGUUGGACUUUAUCAUCUCAAAGGUCUCUUCCAACCUAGUUAAUCCUGUGAUUCUGUCCCUUCCAACCCAAGACAUUCUGUGAUUCAAUUGGGUUUCUCAGCACAAAUUUCCUUCCCCUUGAAAAUUUACUGUACUUAACACAUUCAAUAACAGAGAUCUUCAACUGUGUCAAAUUUAUGAAGAAAAAAAGCAGUGAGCAAUUACAUAGCAACCUGAUAUUUUCCUGUUGGUGGAAGAACUUAAAUUCCACUAUUUUUCAAAACUUUAUACAAUUUGCAUUUGAACUGUGACUGUGUGAGACUUUAGCAUGGACCACACAGGAGGCACUAAAUAACUCUUCAACAGUGCAGAGCCCCAAGACAACCAGAGGAAAAGGCUGUUUUGACUGGGAAGAAGUUGUUACCAAAAUAAAUAACUUGUGCAGUAAACCAGGGGUGGUCUCCUAAGAGUGCACCUCUCAAACACGUCAUGGCAGGAGGUGUUACCUGCCAUGUGUGCUGGCACAGCACUGAGCACCACAGGCCCUUCCCCUCCCAAAGGGACCCAGCUCUACCUGUCUGAGGUGUGUGCAGCAAAUCCAGCCUUGCCCUGCUUAGAGUAAAUAACCUCUGCCAGUAUAAUGCAUCUUCACACCCAAAAAACACAUCUGCUCCAGUGGGGGCUGAAACCAUAGAGCUGUUUUGACAACAAAACUAAACUGCACUCCUAAGGGGACAGCUGUAUCACUAAUUCAUCCAAUACUUUUUUUUUUUCCCCUUGCAACACAAUAUUAUACUUUGUAGCUGAACAGCCAGACUCUCUAUAUGAUAAUACCACCUUCAAGUGAGUUAUGCUGCAUUGUGUAGCAAUUCUGGGCUAGUUAGAAAAACUUGUUUUGUAAGGAAAACUGUGGAUUCAUGGUUGAACAGACUUUUAAAUGGAAAUGCCCCAAAUGUUUUUAUGUGGUCUUUCAAGUUCCUCUAUUAAUGGGGGGGUAUAAAGAAAUGCCCACCUCAGUCAAGCAGAUCUUUGUCACUUCUGACUUCACAAUGACACUUUUUAUUUAUAGAAAGGUUGCUCUCUGUUGGUGUUUGCUGGUACCUGUGGAUGGAGGACUCCCAGUUCUUUGUGAUUUGAGUUCUGCUAACAUGAGGUUGCUAACUCUGGUGAUGACUACUUUGGGGCAGGUUUAUCACAGGGGGAGGGUGGGGUUGUUACUUUUUUCCUUAGGAGCAACUCUAAUACCAGUUCCACUGAGGCUGAGUCUGGGAAUCCACCUCUGCCAGGACUGUGGUUCGGAACAAGCAGCAGAGAUAAGGGCAGAAACGCUUCACCUUCACCUGAGAUCCAUCACUGAGGGAGCUGCCCCAGCGCUGCUGCACCUGUGGGGUUUCAGGGAGUGGCUGCAAGCUGCCCCUUGGUUUUAUCACAAGCUGCUCCUACCCAGCCUUAGCUUGAGGAGCCAUCAGCUCCUCCUCUAAGGGAAGGACCUCAGGGUCAGGGAGAGCAGCAGCUGCCCCUGGAUGAAGCCAGGCAUAAUUCAGCCAGUACCUGUCUGUCCCAGUCCCUGACUAUUGACACAUUUGCACUUUGAGACAGGUGGUGAAUUAUGUUGAGUGCCAAGUUUAUUCAAAGCAAAGGAAAAGGGUGUUAUAAAAUUAUAAACCAAGCAGAGUUUUCCUUUCACUGAAAGGAAAAGUGCUCCAGAACCAACUCAUGGAACCAGGGACACGGGGAAGAUGGGAAUGAUCCAAUGGGCUCAUUUUGCUGGCAGAAAUGUCAUCACCAGUGCAGAUACAAAGCAUAUUUGCCAUGUUAACAUUGAAAGUAAUGUUUCUGAAUAAAAUUAACUGCCUAAUGACUUCCACUAAAUAUGUGAAUUUGCUGCUUCUAAGAGGCAAUGUGAAAGAGGAAGUAUUACUUUGGUGUACAAAUUUAUUUAUUUAUUAGAAAAUUUGGUACAAUGUUGUACAUUGAAAAACAUGUAAGAUAUUGAAGUGUCUAACAAACGGCAUUGAAGUGUCUUUAAUAAAGGUUCAUUUAUAAUAUUACGGCUGAUUUGUUGAGAGUGAGCUUUUGGGAGUUUCAGUUGAAAAUUAAAUAAAAUUCUAAUCCAUUGC